CCCUUGGCAUGCUAGGCUGGAGAGGAGGAGGAGGGGCCCACUGCCCGCCUGCCUGGGAUUCCUGCCUCAGUCCCAACUCCAGAGAAGGGGGUGGGGGUGGGUGCCAUGGGAUGCGGACAGAAAGCGAGUAAAACAAGACCAGGACAAGUCACUGGCCAGCUCAGACGUGUUUGUAUUUCUCUUUUCUUAGCUCAGUGAGUACUGGGUAUGUGUCAAACUGCCAAAUCCCCAAUCACAAGUCUCCAUGAACGGGCAGUGAGCUGGCAUAAUAAAACCCCUGACAUCAUCAUUCCAGAAGCUUCAGAAGACUGCAUAUAUAAGGGGCUGGCUGUAGCUGCGGCUGAAGGAGCUGACCAGCCAGCUGAGUCUCCACACUCACCUAGCCACCAUGGACAUCGCCAUCCACCACCCUUGGAUCCGCCGCUCCUUCUUUCCUCUUCACUCUCCCAGCCGCCUCUUUGACCAGUUCUUUGGUGAGCACCUGCUGGAGUCUGAUCUCUUCCCAGCUUCUACUUCCCUGAGCCCCUUCUACCUUCGGCUGCCUUCAUUUCUGCGGGCACCCAGCUGGAUUGACACUGGGCUGUCAGAGAUGCGUCUGGAGAAGGACAGAUUCUCUGUCAACCUGGAUGUGAAGCACUUCUCCCCAGAGGAACUCAAGGUCAAGGUGCUGGGAGAUGUGAUUGAGGUGCAUGGCAAACAUGAAGAGCGCCAGGAUGAACAUGGCUUCAUCUCCCGGGAGUUCCACCGCAAAUACCGGAUCCCAGCUGAUGUGGACCCUCUCACCAUUACUUCAUCCCUGUCAUCUGAUGGCAUCCUCACUGUGAAUGGACCAAGGAAACAGGCCUCCGGCCCUGAGCGCACCAUUCCCAUCACCCGUGAAGAGAAACCUGCUGUCACUGCAGCCCCCAAGAAGUAGCUGCCCUUUCUCUAACUGCAUUUUUUAAAACAAGAAAAUUUCCCCACCAGUAAAUGAAAAUCUUGUGACUAGUGCUGAAGCUUAUUAAUGCUAAUAAUAAGCAGGCCCAAAUUUGGCAGGCCCAAAUUAUUAAGCUAAUAAAUAUCACUCAGCAACAGAUAA